GCUGCAAGUGCAUAUUGGGCUUGCAUCGACAUCGGUUGCAUGCUCAACCUCCAGGCCUGGUUGCAGCACCUGCACGAGCGGCCGUCCUUCAAGACUGGGCUGACGAUCCCAUUUGCGAGGCCAGCAUUCUUUGGGCCGCCCUGGGCAACAGAGGCGGAUAUCGCAGCAGAGAUCGGGGCCAACGCUGCUCAGUUCAGUAUUCCUCAUCAGAAGUAGCGGAGGAGGAGCGCUGA